AUGGCUCUUGUCUCGUCUACCGAGGCUUCUCGCCAGCUCGCCGAAAUCGCCCAGCGCGAGGACGACCGACUCAAGAAGCAAGGCAACGGCAAAGCCCAGAUCGCCUUCGCUCGCGAUGUCAAGAAUUCGCUCCUGUUCCAGUACGACUGGGCCGAACUCCUCUCGGCAGCUCCGCUGGCACUUUCUCUAAUGGGUUCCUGCUACGUUGCGGCCACUUCCCCGAAAGCCCAAGGCAUUAGCCUGAAGGAUGCCGAGCCGAAAGGUGGUUUCAAGUACAUUCGUCACCCGGAACUCAAGGCUUGCUUGGUUCAAGUCUCCGACACCGGCCGUUUCGCCUUCAUCGAGGCUGAAAAGAAGAUGGGCUUGAUCAACACCACCUCUGUCGCGCUUGGACAAUACAUGGCGGCUAUCGUCGGCUACCUCCCGGAUCUGCCUCAUCCUAGCGCAGAGAUGGCGCUCCAUGACAAGUUGACGCUUCUUAAGGGCGGGUCCGACGACUGUCUAAAGUACGCUCAAGACAUUGAGAAGAAGUUCACCGAAUGGCUUCAGCUCGUCUGCGAGGUCCACCAGGUGACGGUCGCCAAGGAAGACAAGGUCGCCAUUGGCCAGCAGCAAGCUGAGAUCAAGAUCGGCGGUAUGAGUCUCGAGGCCGAAUUGACCCAGACGACCUUGGAGCACGCCAAUGAGGCUGCGAAGACGCUCAAGGACAAGUUGGACACGUCCAAAGCCUUGUUUGAGAAGGCUGCCAAUGAAGUUCCUGGUCCCUGGGAGUCGAUGGGCCUGGAACUCGCUGGAAGCCUUGCCAGAGCUGCAACCACCUCGAUUGCCCAAGCGCUUCCAGCGAUGAUGGACAAUGCUCCCCAACCUAAGAGCAUUGUUCGCCCAGCCACGAUGCCAAACACUGCUACUGAUCCUGCCUAUGCCGCCUCGCUUACCGCAGCUGCCUCUGUGACUUCGCUUGCCUCCGUAAUAGGCGCGAGCACCGACGGUAAAGUGUUGUGGGACAGCCUGUCUCCCGGAAAGGGCCAACCGAAGAGCGGAAUACAAUUUGUCAAGAUUCCGCUUGAGCACAUGCUCAAAACCACUGACUGGACGCAAGAUCAACCUAGCACAGAUCUCAAGGCAGCUAUCGAGAAAGUUCUCAGGGUUAUCGGUCUUCUCGAGGGGGUCUUGACGAAGGACAAAGAACUCACCUCCUCCAAACCCGACGACAAAACGGUGAAAGAAUGGCAAGACGCAGUUGUCGAGGCGCAGGUGACAAUCACCCGUCUCUCGGCUACGGCUCAAAGUCUUCCCGGGGGCGCUCCCGGCGCGGCGCCGAUGAUCGGCAAGGUGCCUGCUACGACGCAGGUGCAGGAUCCGGCUGCGCAAAAUGCUCGUCUGUCAGCUGCCGUCGAGAAGAUGAGCAUAACACAGGCUGCGUAUACAUCUGCCCAAGAUAAUUACGCCAAGUCGGCGGCCCACUCCGCCAAGGUGGAGGCGGAACUGUCCCGCAUUAAGGCGAACCUUAAACAGCUUGAGGCUGAGAAUAUCGCCAUGGCAAGUAGCGAUAUCAAGAACGUGCUCAUGCAAUGCAUCGGUACGCUGAUCCAGAUGAAAGCUCAGAUCACCAACCUAGUCCGGUUCUUCGGCUCCCUCUCCGCUAUGGUGGAACACGUAGUCAAGAACAACGUUAAGGACUUCGUGCUUCAGGUCGACUCCGCUCGCAAGCUCCUUAUCGGCAAUAUCUCUUUACUCGACGUCUCCCGACAGGAGCUUUACACCACCUCCCUGAUGUGCCAAGCGUACUUCUCCCUCUUCUCCACAAUCGCCAAGAUGUAUACGCAGAUCUCCAUCGCUCACAUCAUGCCCGGCGUGCGUCUCUGCGAUGAGCUCAGUAAGAGCACCGACGAUCCCAACGCGGUCGCUAGGAGGAGCCGCGAGCUGGACGAAUUUUCGGACAACGCUCAGGCCGCUGUGCGUAAUCUCGUGGAGAAGACCCAAAAGGAGGUUACAGAAACACUGGAGAAUCGUGUCAAUCUCGUCUCGCAGGACGCCAAGAUGUUGCCCAAGCAGCUGCCCCCCGCUGUUGCGCAGGCCAUCUCUGAUGGCAAGGAUACUAUCACCGCCGCCGCUGCCCAAGGUUUCGACAACUAUCAGCCCGCAGCUCUGGCUGUGGAUGAUGACAUCACGGUCAGUUAUGCCACAAACUACAUUCACGGAUCAAUCUGA